UCCCGAACCACUCUCGCGCGUCUUGCGUCAUUGGAGUCUGUGAUCUACAGGAGGCGCGAUUCAUUUCCAUCCGCUUUCACUCAUUCAACAAGCUGUACGUUUUCUGAGUGGUUUCUGUCAGGUUUGCAGGAGGAUUACAGCAAUAACACGGGUCAGAAGAAAUGGAGUUGCAGAAAUUGAACCGAACCGCUGCACCCACACGGUAACGCGAGCAUCGAUGAGGAGAGGACUGAAGAAUGGCUGCUCCUGACCUCCUUGAUCCUAAAACAGCCACUCACAACUCCAAACCACGUCUGUCGUUCUCAGCUCAGCCAGUGCUGCGGAAAUCUCCAGAUGACUUUGAGCCUCGUGUGACUGUUAUGCGCUGGAAAACAGUGCUGAGUGUCUUCCUGCUGGUGGUGCUGUACUUGAUUCUUGGAGCGACUGUGUUUAAAGAGCUGGAACAGCCUCAUGAGACAUCCCAGAAACUGGCCAUCCUGGUGGAAAAACUGGAAUUCCUUGAGCAGCAUCCAUGUGUCAACUCAUCAGACCUGGAAAACUUAGUGAAGCAAGUGGUUUCAGCAUUACGAGCAGGAGUGAACCCUUCAGGAAAUUCAUCCAAUCAGAGCAGUUUAUGGGACCUCAGCAACUCCUUCUUCUUCGCUGGAACAGUUAUUACAACCAUAGGAUUUGGGAAUAUCUCACCUCACACAGAGGGUGGACGCAUCUUCUGUAUUAUCUACGCCCUGUUGGGAAUUCCUCUGUUUGGAUUUUUGCUGGCAGGAGUCGGAGAUCAGCUUGGAACAAUCUUUGGAAAAGCAAUUGCUAAAGUGGAGGGGAUGAUUGAUAAGUGGAAUGUGAGUCAAACCAAGAUCCGUGUGAUUUCUACCGUUCUUUUCAUUUUGUUUGGUUGCCUCCUCUUCGUCACACUACCUGCCAUCAUAUUCAAACACAUUGAGGGCUGGAGUGCACUGGAGUCCAUCUACUUUGUCGUCAUUACCUUGACAACCAUCGGCUUUGGAGAUUUUGUCGCAGGCGAGGGUGAGCGGCGUCAGCAUGAAGAGAACAGUGGUGGUUCUGAGUUGGAGUACCUGGACUACUACAAGCCCCUGGUGUGGUUCUGGAUCCUGAUUGGUUUGGCAUACUUCGCUGCUGUUCUCAGCAUGAUUGGAGACUGGUUUCGUGUCAUAUCCAAGAAAACAAAAGAAGAGGUAGGAGAAUUUCGAGCUCAUGCUGCCGAAUGGACUGCUAAUGUGUCUGCUGAGUUUAAAGAGACACGCCGGCGAUUGAGUGUCGACAUUUAUGACAAAUUCCAGCGUGCUGCAUCGAUUAAGCGCAAACUGUCAGCUGAAAUAAACCUCAGCCCACCGGCCAAUCACCAGAUGACUCCAGGGAAACGUGCACGUUCAGUUAACCUUGGAGAUGAGAGAGAGGCGUAUCCCUACACAUUUGUACGAAACGGAAGCUUAUUCCUCAAUGGUCUCAUCCCGGAUUACGCUGACCAUCGGGAUAUCACUAAAAUACAAACAAAAUGAAAGGGAGCUAAAGAUGUUCACAGAUAAACUGUGAAAAGAUAAGAUGUAUAAAAAAGAAUAAAACAAGAAAAAAUAAGGGGGCAAAGAAAAGACUUUAAGAUAAAAUAUGUUCUAACUUUUAAUGUGGACAAAAAUCAUUGUUUUCCAUUGACAGCCAUGCAAAAGUAGCCAUGUAUUCUGAUUGAAUUUUUGUUAGCCACGUAUAAUAAAUUACUUUAAUUUAUAUGAUUACAGAUUACAGAUUAAUAUACUGUAGAUUUUUCACAAGUGUUCUGUGGCAAGGCUCUACAUGGCAGUCUUUCUGCUGCAAGAAUGGGCUAAUAUGGACAGCCAAGAAACUGCAACGGAAAUGAAUGGGAAUGCUAAUGGGGCGCUCUCUUGAGUUAUAUUUCUUCCUGAGUGUCUACCACACUACAAGACAAGGUCUACAAAGCCUGACUUUUGGUUCUGACAGUAUAGUGAAGUCGCAACCAGAAGAGACACAGUCAACAGGUAGGUAAGUCCUGCCAUCAGUCAUGUCAAAAUGAUCAUAUUUAUGAGAUGAGCACACAUGAACAUCAACACAAUGUCUUAAUUACCAGUGGGAGUAACUCUCCUAAGAAAAAAAGGGUCACACAUUAGCUGCUGGGCAUUUCUGAAAGUUUAUAAGCAAACGUUUGGGACGUCACUACAAUAAAAAUUUACACUAUACUUCUAAAAGUUUAAACCUAAAACAAUAUGAAAAUGUAACAUCUGAUAAAAAAAAAAAUCACAUUAUGACAGUAUAGCAUUUCUAGAUUUUGUGCUUAAAAAUGUAUACUUGGAUUCUUUGUCAUAGACAUAAAAGUAUUAUUUUUUGUUUGUAUGGUGAAAAAAAAAAAAACCAUUAUACACAUAAAUUUGACAAUGCAUACAACCAAAGCCAACAAUAGCACUCUUUUGAAUGUUGAUGGUCUCAUCCUUUCAUUUGUGUGUGUGUGUGUGUUUUGUUUUGUUUUUGUUUGUUCAUAUUAUCUAUAAAAAGUCACUACGUUUUGAACCAAGAAAGCAAACAAAAAUGACUAAAAUUCUUAAUGGGCUAAAGCAGACACAUUUGAUUUGUGACUUGAGGUCUGAAGUGGACUCGAAGGCAGCAAAAGUAUCUGAGCGCUGGUUGCUCAAGUGUAGGGGUUAUUGUAGAGGCAAGUGCAGGUAUAAAAGUGUUCUUCAUGUGACAUUCACAGAGCAAAACCACUUUUCUCCAAAUAUAAUAAGGAAAGCUUUUAACGCUCCAAGUAUUUGUUGUGGCAGUGCAGCUUCAGUUUGAACUGUUUCCAUUUUUGACGUGCUGCAUGAAUACCCCAGGCACUUUUUCCUGUGUCCUUGCUAUUUGCUUAAGUCAUGAUGUAUCGAAUACGGUUUCUGGGGCCAAGCCUCUACACUAUUUUGUAAAGACCACCCGUUGGGCCAACAAUGGAAUCCAACGGCGUGGGCGAAGGUAUUUAUAAUGUGUGUGGGUCUUUUACUUGCGCUUCUGCAAAGUUCACUUAAUUUAUCAGGAUUUUGUUUAAAUUUACUCUAGCUUUGUGUUAAAUCUCACUCCAGUUUUCAAGUGAUCAUUAAAUUAUCCCAUACUUUCAAUUUUUUGUUCAUCAGGGACCUAAUUUAGCAUUUGAGUCUCAUGCUGGCCGUACAUGGCCAACUCUCAUGAUCACAAACUCACCAGUUUGAUUUUAGUCAGAGGGUGUAGGUUCUUGCUAAAUCAGUUAUAGACAGAAAUCAGAUGGUCUCGGAUGAAGUGCCUACUGCACCAUUCAUUCAGGAGCUUUUAGUUCAUUCUGUCCUGGCUAUAAUUUUGAGGUAACAUCAGCCUAUACUAGUCAUAAUGAUUUCAGGAGAGUUCAGAAUAAACCACAUAGAACAUAUUAUUUGUCAGGUAAAAAUGCAUCACGCCAGUUGCAUAAUUAAACAAUCAGAAGCCAGUUCAGAAGAGAUAAUGCAAUUGUGAAUUAGAUUGUAGCCACUUGCCAAUUCUAUGCUCCAGUACAUGGAUUACUGUAACUAUAUGGGAAAUGGACAAGUGCUCUACAUAGGAGACAAACAAAUUCAACAGUCACACAUGUAACUUGAAAUUGUUAGACAAUUUUCUGGACAAUUGCUGGACUAGCAAUGCUGAUUUUUCAGCAGGAUUUUUCGCAUAUUAAAGAAUAAACUCAACUAGCCUAUAUGUACAUGUAGUAGCACAAGCAACUAUAAUGUGUGUUCUGUGAACAGAUUGUGUUUAACAAAAUUACAUAUUUGAAAAUAAAAGAAAUGCAUCCCAGACAGCAGAGAGACAUGCAAUAGCAUGUGAGAGUUUUAGUGCAAAGCCCCAGAGACACGCACACACUGCGUUUUCUGGUUACAGAAUUCCCAAUUAAUGUCUUGCCACUUUCCUUAUAUAUCCAGAGCAGAGCAAAUAUAUCUUCCAAUCUAAGUUGUAAAAACAUUUUGAUUGGUCAGCAUCUGUGACCCAGCAGUCACACCUGGUUGGAAAACAUUCUCACCAGACGCUGAGGGGAGACACUCCUCAAGCAGCAGAACACAAUUCUUCAAACGUUUUAAAUCUUUCCAAUAAUAUAUGUGACUGCUGUGUAACUGAGAGCAUUGUACCAAUCACACUGAGGCAUUUUAAAUGAUACCAAACAAGAGAACAAGGGAACAACAGCAUGCUUUGUGAGAGUUCCUGAACUUUGGUUGGAUAAUUUAAAGUACGAAUCUCAACAGCCGGUUAUGCUUUUAAAAAAAAAAUCACAGAGUACACAACAGUCUCUGGACUCAUGGCACCCAGGACAUGCAAUUUAACAAUUCACAAAGCAUUAAUCACUGUUUAGUAGAUUGAGAUUUUGGUUUGAAAAUAAAGGUUAGGAUAAUUUUUUCUGUAGUAUUACAGCACAAUGUAGGCGUACAUUAGGACCAUUUAUUGUUUGCUUUUUGAAUCUGAAGCACCGUUUGGACACAAAACAGUGAUGCAUGGCAUCAGACUUAAGUGAACAGGUGAAGAGCAUAAACAUUUAACCUUCUCUCUUUUUAAACUUCUAAAAUAAUUCACACAAUUUUGGUGUUUAGUGUUCUCAAAUAGCCCUUACAAAAUUAGCUUUACUGUGCAUAAGAAUGGAUUCCUUAAAAAAUGAAGUAGGAUACAAAAUUUAAUUUUAUUGUUGCUGAUAUAUAUCCCCCAACUCAUAACUGAUCCAUGGUUAGUGGGCAGCUUCACCAUAUGCAGAUUAGACAAGCUCAAAUCAUUGACCUUUUCCCAUGCGGAGACAUUGAAGAAUGAUAUAAGGAGAGUAAUUGGGUUUCAUUAGCAGAACAUACUUACCUUUCUGCUGAUGACGAUGAUGCUACUCCUUAUGUAUUUAGUUUAAUUGGGAACAGGUGCCUUUGGUUCAUGGUUAAUUAUUGUUUCCUAUGGCAACCCUGACAGGCUCACAGAAGGCCAUCCAGUAUGUAAUCAACUAUAGCUGUUUUGAUAUUUUCAGAGGAUACAUUUGAAACUGACUCUUAAAAUGGAAUGUUUUAUUUCAAGUGUAUCUUAUUAGCCAACCUAAACUACCAUUUUACCAUUUGCGGGGUUGGUAAAAAAAAAUAAUAAUAAAAAAAAAAAUAAGUAAAAUCUGUGCUGUUACUGUUGGUCUUUUUUUUUUUUUUUUUUUUUUGUCAAAUAUUUCUGCUGCCUUGGACUAAAAGUCACCUUGUGCAAUCCUGACAAAAACUGCCUAACCCACCCUAACCAAUCAGACAUCAAAAUCCCACUGUAACCAGCAGAGCAGGGUAGAGUACUUACUAAAUGUAGUUUAUUACUGAUUACAGAUUACUGAAAAUGUCUCG